UUCAAGGGGGAUGAGCUGAGAAGACUCGGAAGAGUGAGAAGCCUCAAUGGCGUCCAAGAUUUCAAUUCUACGGAGCGGUAGCGACAACAUAGCCUGCCUUUCCGGCAUCAGGAGGUGGACCCACAACGCAGCAAUUCCACCUUCGUCGGAUGGUAUCCUUGCACGGCCCAUUUCACCUCCACCAUUCUCUCUACCGGAGAAGGAUAACAGAAUCGGGUUCGGGUUCCCCAGUUUUCUCUUCGGUGGACCCAUGGAGCUCAUGGCUGUUCCCAAGAAGAAGACUACUCCCCACAAGAGAGGCAUAAGAAAUGGCCCGAAAGCGCUGAAGCCUGUUCCUGUGAUAGUCCGAUGCAGGAGUUGUGGUCGUGUCAAGCUGCCACAUUAUUAUUGCUGCAGUGGACAUAAGGGAAAUCCCGGUGAGAGAGGUAUAGAUAGUGCUUAGGUUUGAGAAGUUUAAAUUGUGUUAGAUUUUUCAAGAAUUGAUUUAUAGUUUUCUGUUUUGAGUUCGAUCUUGAAAGAUUGAUUAUGCUGUAAAAAUUCCAAGUUAUGGAUCUCUUAAUUGGUUCA